CACUGAAUGAAGAUGUGAGUAUUGGCUCAUAUAAUAUCUUAUUUGACAAACUUCAGGUCGCAAAAGACGAGUAAGAGCUUAGAGCCCACUCUCAUUACCAGAUUCACAGAAUGUGUUUGUCAUCGCGAGCUCGCUUAGUAAGUUAAAAGAACACAACUGUAUAUUUUUUCAUGAACUCUGUGUCACCUGCUUCAUGUAGAAAAAUCUGAGGUAACGUUUCCGUUGUAUCAUAAAAGUGCUUCUCACGAAAACUCAAAAAAUUUACGAUGGAGAAUGUUUUGUGCAGUGAGUAUGAUCUCCAUAUCAGUUCAUUCGAGCACUUGGUUUGGGCAAAAGAGCAGGUGCAGGAAAAAUUUCGACAGCGUAAGAUUCUUAGGUACCACGCUGUCCAGGAAAAUAUGCGUUUCCACCAAUCAAAGACGUCUGGCACCAUUCGAUCGACAAUCAACUACUUAAAUCGUCUCACUUUCCCUAUUGCCAGAAUCAUUAUAUAAAUUAUGUUUUGCUACCAGCAGUAAUUCACCAAUACAAUCAACAAAAGUACUGUCAACAUGGAUUCAUUCGAAGAAUGGGCAAAAACUGUAGAGCACCCGUGCUUUCAAGAGUGGGGAGAAACUUUAGUUGAACUAGGUGCAUCUUGGGAUUCUUUCAAGCGCAAGAACAAGGAUGAUAUAGUGGGAGACUUGGUAACGGGAGGAAUUCCGAUUCUGUCAGCACGUGAUAUUGUCCAUAUUGCUUCAGCAGAAGUAAGGAAGGGUCAAGAACCAAUGGCAGUUUUCUGGGAUUUGGAGAAUAUGCCUAUUCCCGCUGAAACUACUGGCAGAGAGAUAACUUCAAGCCUCAAAGCCAUUUUAUCCCAGCAGGGAGAUUUGAUCCAGUUUCGCGCUUACGCUAGCAUUGGCCUUAAUCAUAUUCCACAAGAAAAACGCUCGGAUUUACAGCUUUCGGGGUGUCACCUCGUUGAUUGUCCCUACAACGGGCGUAAGGAAAAGGUUGCAGACAAAAUGAUUAUUGUAGAUGCUAUGCAGUUUGCCUUCCAGCAUCCUCUCGGAGCUACCCUCUGCUUCAUCACAGGUGACGCAGACUAUGCUUAUCUACUAGCCACCUUGCAGCGCCCACAGUGGAGAACCAUUGUUGUAUCAAGAGGUACUAUGCAGUCCAUGCUACAUGUAAAUUGUGAUGUGAAGAUGAGAUGGGAAACGGACAUUCUUCAACCUAUUUAUGAAAUGAGUGGGAGGAAGUUACAAUGCAAUUCCGACGAUGGGGACUCUGCAGUGUCUAAUGAAGUCUCUACCAAUCCGUUCAAGCCAUUGACUGCUGACGAGGAGUGGAGUGACGACGUGGAGUUGCUUCGUUCCGUGAUGACGCGAGAAAGUCAUAAGGUGGGGUCACUGGCACCCAAAAAAUCAUUAAUUGGGAACGUUUUGCGGUCAACCAAUCCGGCUCGUUUUCCCAAUAGGAUCGCGAUUAAGACAUUUCUUAUGAAGGUAAUAGAGAAAGGAGUUGUGAUCGAACGCGGUGAACGCGAAUUUAAGACACUUUGCCUGCCCUGCCAUGCGGGGGGGAUGCGACGGGAUGUUCCAAUACCACCACUAUCCUCCGUUUGUCCAGUGCCACAUCACGAGCUUUCUGUAAAAAUUAUGGAGAGAGCAAAACUUCUUCCUUUUGUUAUUUUCCUCCGAAAGAUGCACUGCCCUUUAGGUACACCCCCUCCCGUCAAAGUACAUGUACAAUCAACCACCGAAUGGCUCUUGUACAUGUUUCUUAGUCGCUCUCAUGCCAUUAAUGCUGUGCAAAAGUACACUUGGUUGCAACAUGGCAUGAUAGUUGAUCUGGGACAGCAUCUUUCAUUUUCCACUAAUCAACAAAUGGUGAAUUGCCCAAUUUGUUUCGCUUUGGUCGACAAGCGUUCCACAAUACAAGACGAUAGGUUCAAUUUCGUUUGCUCGACCGAUUGCAAGCAGUGGGUUCACACAGAUCGCUCAAACAAAGACAGAGGAAUUAAACUUGUCCUUGAAACUCUUGAAUUCCUUGCGUCCUAUGAUGAUCUCUAUUGUCCGAUUAGUAUUCUCACAAAACUUGUAAAUUCGCGUCACCCAAAAGAGUCAACCUCUCUCAAGUUUUGCAAAUUAUGGAUCCUAGACGCAGAGAAAAGACAAGCAAUCAAGAUAUGUAAAGAGCGGACUGCCGGCAAUAAAUUCAACAUUGUUACUCUACCACAACAUUUCGACGAUGCAAAGUUGCAAUUUAUUGGCGCUCCCUUAGACACGUUGGAACAGGAGCAAUAUGUGUACGAUCUUCUCUUUGACGAACCAUGUGGUUGGAUGGAUCGACGAGAUGUCAAUGUGAUGCUUGCGAAAAAAUUUGGAAUGACAUCUCCGAUACUCCGAAACCAGGUAUUUUUCAAUGCCAAGAAGAAUUCGUCCUUUUUCGUUGGUAAAGGAGAACACAAACAGGUCGUGGCUCUUACUCAAAAAGAGGCAGGKGCAGCAUUGGAAAGGAAACCCCCUGGAACAGCAUCAGAGGAGACACAAUCAAUCCACGAGAAGGGCAAUUCUCUUGUUGACGACGGUUCAAUGAGUGACGAAUUUGAUUAUGAAGAAACUUCGAGUUCCGAAGCCUCCGAGGAAGAUCUGGAAGCACUCCUAGUCGGAAACAAGAAACGAUCGGUGAUGUAGAGUUCGCUGAUCGAACAACCAGCUUGAGGUUUGUUCCCUUCCUGCGACCGUUUUGAGAUAUCGGUUGCAAAAAUUUGGUACCGGUACAUCAUGGCACCGAGUCCUCGUUUUCUAUCGUUUCUGAUCAGAUCUACGGUACAGAGAAACAAAAAACCAAGCUCGAGUCAGGUUAGAGUUACAGUAGGUACUGUGCGAUCUUUGUCGCGCGACUGUUCGCGCGUAUUCUUAAAAAUCUUUCCUUGGCGAAACUACGAACACCGUAAGGUGCGGUUGAACUUUAUGUCCAGCUAUUGUACACAUAAAACUACAAGAUAGUGAAGAAGAGAGACCGGUUCGCUAUUUUGUCAAUUCUGGAACGAACUUUCCACGAAACCCGGGGAAAACCUUACUGAACCAAUAAAAAUCAUCAUUCAAAUCCGUAGAAGUACUUAUCGUACCGUACCGGUCCUCGGUACGAUAAGAUUCCACACGGUGUAGUAUUAUGUUGUUCCAUUAUCGCACUGCAAUACUGUAGCGUUCAUUCUUCAGUAUUGCCGCCUUCUCUAUUUCCCUUCUCUAUUUCCAUCCAGCGAUACUAGUUCGAUGUAUUGAAUAGAGACGUUUGCUGGACCCCUGUUAUUUACCGACACUUUGUGAUUCAUUAUGAAGGAGUCUUCUGAAACGAGACGGCGUAGUGGCGCUACGCGUCGAGGGUCAAUCACGUUGAUCCAAGAUGCCAACUCGCACUUCCAGGAGCACAUAAAGGGCCUAUCGACACCUGCGUCGGCGACUCCUAGAAGCUCGGCGAGGGAUUCACUUGCGGGUGCCAAUGCGAUGCGUCGAGCCGUCCGAGAACUUGUUAACACCGUUGCCGAUCGUCGUGCGAAACGAAGUGUCUAUGAUCCCCGUGGAUAUGUCUCGGUGAGAGAUCCGCAUUCGUUGACGUCGUCUACGAAAUCCAAGAACCACACGAUCGACGACAUUUCUCACGCAUCGAACGAAGAAAUGGUUUCUAUUCUUUCUGGCAAUGCACUGAACGACGAAGACCCCGACAUCAUGACGACGGGCAAGCUGACUUAUGGAUCAAUGAACGAUGGUGGACGUAACUCGAAAACCAUUGGAAGUGAACGGAGUGGAUCCGGGGUUCCGACGCCCUCUCGGCUUUCAAUCUUGAUUGAACAGGUAUCGGCAGUAGCGGUCGUUGCUCUCUUGAACAUGAUGAUGGCAAUCCCUUUUGGUGCCAGCUAUUUUCCCAUUGGGUGGAGAGCAGCGGAGGCAGAGCACGGAGCGUCCGGUAGCGACGACGACGACGACGCCGACGGCAUUGAUGGACCCUUUCCAUUGGCGGGGAAGCAAAACCUCGGUUUGAGAAUGUUCAUGCUGGCCACCAUCAUAGCACAAUUGGUGUACACAUACAAAUCGAAAUUCGUCAAUGCUGUCGGAUUGCAAAUGGUUGAAAAUAUACCGUUUAUGCACGCUUUGGCAAAAACAGUCAUCCAGCACCAGGGAUACGGAAAAGACGCGCUCUCUACGUUAUUCUUCCUUUUUGGGCUGAGUUCGGUCAUUGUGGGUUUAGUCUUCUAUGGAUUGGGAAAGCUCAAACUAGGAAAGAUAGUGUACUUUUUCCCUAAUCAUGUCCUCGUUGGGUGCAUUGGAGGUAUUGGUCUUUUCAUGAUUCUUACCGCUAUGGAGGUUUCCACGGAUACAACCUUCGACAUCAAAAAGCCCCGGGCUUCUAUUCAGAACACAAUCGUCGACCGAUGGUAUCUCCUUUGGGUCGUUGUCGCCUUCGAAGUGUCUCUCAGGUUUCUCAUGCAUUCCACGAAGGAUCCAGCAACGGGACGACCGAAAUUUCAAUUGUUGUCCCCGAUCUUUUACAUCCUCAUUACACCUGUAUUUUAUAUCGGGAUGCAAUUUGUGUUUGGCAUGUCGAUCGAAGAAGGUCGAGAUGCUGGCUACUUCUUUCCUGCCGUGGAUUCUUCUUCGCACGAGGAAGGCUCAACGAAUUUUUUCACUGAUCCGAAUCUGUGGGAUAUUUUUCACAUUAUUGAUUUCUCUGCGAUAUCGUGGAUGGCUGUAGCGGAGUCGAUGGGAACGGUGGUUGCCUUGGCAGCAUUUAGGUAUGUAUCGCGAAUGACGCACUGAAUAAAUCGUGUUUCCAUUUUUCUUAUCGUAAUCGCCACGCUCGAUCACCGUCCCCUCACCCAGUAGUUAGUCUUAUCCAUGUUCCCAUCAACAUCCCAGCAUUUGCCAUUUCAACUGAUGUUGAAACAGACAUGGACGCCGAGUUGAUCGCCCACGGUUGGUCCAAUGGGUUGAGCGGUUUGUUUGGCGGAUUGCAGAAUUACAUGACGUACAGCAACUCUGUGUUAUACGCGAAGAUAGGCGGCAAAGGACGCAUUGGCUCCUUGACAAUCGUUGUGGUGACAAUGGCUUUGUUUGUAGUCGGUCCCUCCAUAACAAAUUACUUACCACGAUGCAUGGCUGGAACGCUGUUACUACACAUGGGAGUCGAUCUCACACUAGAGGGCGUUUAUGAUUCUAUUGGCCAAUUCGAUAACUUUGAGUAUGCCGGUAUUUGGCUCCUUACCAUAGUCAUGACGGUAUGGGGAAUGACCGCCGCCUUGAUUGCGGGUGUCAUAACAGCUCUAUCCACAUAUGCAGCGCAAUCCAUCAACUAUCAUGAUCCCAUUCGACAAAUUCUGACUGCAACGUCCUUACGAAGCAGUGAGUGGACUCGUUGUUCCCAAGCUCGAUCUAUUUUGUCCAACAGUAAGACCGGCCGUUCUAGGAUUCUCAUAUUUCAGCUACAGGGACACGUAAGUCGCAGCUACUGAAGCACAGAGAAAUGAUCUACCUGUCAUCUCUUUGUGUUUAAAUCAACUAUGAUUUUUCAUCCUCAUCCUCACAUGCAGCACACUUUUGAAUACUUUCUCCAGUUAUUUUUUGGAAAUAUUGCUUUGCUGACCGACACCAUUAAGGAUAUUUUGAAGGAGAAAGCAGAUGAGGGAGAUUUACCAAUUGUAGUGAUCGUGGACUUUACUCUUGUCUUGGGAAUGGACUCAUCUGCGGCACAUUCUGUUGCAAAGCUGAAGAAACUUCUGCACAGAUU